AUGGCCUCUUCACUACGCUUGGGGAGCUUCCUGCUCCGAUCUUCGACCCGGCCUCUUGUCCAAAAGGCCGCAUUCAAUGGCGUCCGCGCCGCGAGUACACAGACUCUGAAAGAGGUCUUCGCUGCCAAGCUCCCAGGAGAGGUCGAGAAAGUCAAGAAGCUGAGGAAGGACUAUGGCAACAAAGUCAUUGGCGAGGUCACCCUAGAUCAAGUCUACGGCGGUGCUCGAGGCAUCAAGUCGUUGGUCUGGGAAGGAUCUGUCCUCGACUCGGAAGAGGGUAUCCGAUUCCGGGGCCGAACCAUUCCGGAAUGCCAGGAAGCCCUUCCCAAAGCUCCUGGCGGCGAAGAGCCCCUGCCCGAAGGUCUCUUCUGGCUCCUCUUGACCGGCGAGGUCCCCUCUGAGCAGCAGGUCCGCGACCUGUCCGCCGACUGGGCUGCACGGUCGGAUCUGCCCAAAUUCGUCGAAGAGCUCAUCGAUCGCUGCCCCAGCGACAUGCACCCUAUGGCACAGUUCUCCAUCGCCGUUGUUGCUCUCGAGCACACCUCCGAGUUCGCCAAAGCCUAUGCCAAGGGCAUCAACAAGAAAGAAUACUGGCAAUACACAUUCGAAGACUCGAUGAACCUGAUUGCCAAGCUGCCAACCAUCGCAGCUAAGAUCUACCGCAAUGCAUACAAGGACGGCAAGGUCGCUCCUAUCCAGAAAGACAAGGACUAUGGCUUCAACUUGGCCAAUCAGCUUGGCUACGGUGAGGACGCAGACUUUGUUGAGCUCAUGCGUCUGUACCUCACCAUCCACUCUGACCAUGAGGGUGGUAAUGUGAGCGCUCACACCACCCAUCUGGUCGGUAGCGCCUUGAGCUCUCCCAUGCUGUCGCUGGCUGCCGGUCUUAACGGCCUGGCUGGUCCUCUCCACGGCUUGGCCAAUCAGGAAGUCUUGAACUGGCUCACCAAGAUGAAGCAGCACAUCGGUGACGACCUCAGUGACCAGAAGAUCACCGAAUACUUGUGGGAGACCCUCAACGGCGGUCGUGUCGUCCCUGGUUAUGGUCAUGCUGUCCUCCGCAAGACUGACCCUCGUUAUGUGUCACAACGCGAGUUCGCCUUGCGCAAGCUUCCCAACGACCCCAUGUUCAAGCUUGUCAGCCAGGUCUACAAGAUUGCCCCCGGUGUCUUGACCGAGCACGGCAAGACCAAGAACCCGUACCCCAACGUUGAUGCCCACUCCGGUGUCCUUCUGCAAUACUACGGCUUGACUGAAGCCAACUACUACACGGUUCUCUUUGGCGUCUCCCGCGCUCUCGGUGUGUUGCCGCAGCUCAUCAUCGAUCGUGCUCUCGGUGCUCCUAUCGAGCGACCCAAGUCAUUCAGCACGGAUGCUUAUGCGAAGUUGGUUGGCGCUUCGUUGUAG